AUGGAGCUUGGAUCAACAGUCAGAGCUGUGAAGAGUCAAAGGGUGUUGGUAGGAGAUGAAGUCUGUCCUGCUGUCAUUAUUAUAAAGGAUGGGAAAAUCUGUGAAAUUCACUCUGACAAGAACUUUUCUGGGGGUGAUUCCUCUGAGGUGCUAGAUGCCGGUGACAGUGUGGUGAUGCCAGGCAUUGUAGACUGUCACGUCCAUGUCAAUGAGCCCGGCCGCACCUCCUGGGAGGGUUUCUGGACCGCCACUAGGGCUGCUGCAGCUGGGGGGGUGACAACUAUUGUGGACAUGCCUCUAAACAGCACCCCUCCAACCACAAAACUUGGUCACUUCCAUGAGAAGCUGCGGGAGGCAUCAGGACAGUGUUUUGUAGACACAGCCUUCUGGGGAGGGGUGAUCCCUGGCAACCAGCUAGAGCUUCGUCCGAUGAUCCAGGCUGGAGUGGCCGGUUUUAAGUGUUUCCUCAUCCACAGUGGGGUGGACGAGUUCCCUCAUGUGACUGAUGCUGAUCUUCAUUCAGCUAUGAAACAGCUGCAGGGAACAGGAAGUGUCCUGUUGUUUCAUGCAGAAACAGAAGUUCAACAGACAUCUGAGGAGAAUGGAGACCCCUGUCAGUACUCCACCUUCCUGCAGUCCAGGCCUGAUGUCAUGGAAGUCGAGGCCAUUCGAAUCGUCUGUGACCUCUGCCUCCAGUACCAGGUGAGGUGCCAUAUCGUCCACUUGUCCUCUGCAAAGCCACUUAAACUAAUCCACGAAGCUCGACAGGCCGGAGCGCCCCUCACAGUGGAGACCACCCACCACUACCUCAGCCUGUGUGCAGAGAGUAUACCUGCAGGGGCCACACAGUUCAAGUGCUGUCCCCCCAUCAGAGGAUCUAUGAACCAGGAGCAGUUGUGGUCCGCGCUGAAGGCUGGGCAGAUUGACAUGGUGGUGUCCGAUCAUUCCCCCUGCACCCCUGAUUUGAAGAAACUGGAGACUGGAGACUUCACGCAGGCCUGGGGAGGAAUUUCUUCUCUACAAUUUGGUCUGCCACUGUUUUGGACUUCAGCCAGUAAGAGAGGCUUCCAGCUCAGUGACGUUGUGAGACUCCUCAGUCGGAAAACAGCCCAGCUCUGUUCUUUGGACCACCAGAAGGGCAGCCUCGCCCCUGGAUAUGAUGCUGACCUCGUCAUAUGGGACCCAGAGCGAGAAUUUAAAAUUGAAGAAACAAACAUACAUCACAAAAACAAGAUAACGCCAUACCUUGGCGUCUCGCUGCAGGGUGCUGUGUGUGCCACUAUCGUCAGGGGGCGUCUGGUGUACAGAGAAGGCUCCUUCUGUCCUGAGCCUCUGGGGAAACACCUCCUCAUCCCUCACAGGAGAAAUCAAGCCCAACUGUGAAGACAAAUAACAAGCUGCAAUGAACCACAAAAAUUUGCUUCUGUUGUUGUGUGACAUGUAAAUUCUUGGCGGUCUUUUAUUUCCUUUUUCUUUUUUAUUGUCUUUUUGGUUAAAGGCUACUAUUCAACUUUAUUAUCUCUGCAUAUAUUGUGCGGCAAAAUGCAGAGCAGCCUCUAACCACAAGUGCAAACAAGCUUCGAGGCACUAAGUCUCAUGCUAAUUACAUUGGAUUAUCAAAACAUUUUGCACCAAAUUUUCAUUUACUGAUAAACAGGAAACACUUGUUGAAUGAACAGCAAGUAAAAAAGUUUGUAUGACUUUUUAAAUUUUGUAAUGUGAUAAGCAAAAAAUUAAUUGGCAGAGAAAGCAUGCAACAGUUCCAUAAAAAGAGAUAUAAAUUAUAUAAGGAUCAUUAGUUAGGAAUGUAUUUAACAAUAUUAAAGCCUGCAUGGAGUUUGUAAAAAAAAAAAAAAAACACCUGAAAGACUCUCAGAAUGUGAGAAACAAGACUCUCUGGUCUGAUGAAACCAAAAUUGAUCUGUUACCUGCCAAAUACCAUCACCAUACCAACAGGGAAGCAUGGUGGUGGCAGCAUCAUGCUGUGGGGGUGUUUUUCAGCAGCAGGGACUAUAAGACUGGUCAGGGUUGAGGGAAAAAUAGAUGGAGUAAAGCAUAGAGAUAUCUUAUGUGAAAGCCUGUUCAGCAGCAGCAGCAACGGGAGUGGCUUAUGGACAACUAUGUGAAUGUUAGAGUGGCCCAGUCAGAGCCCUGAGCUGAACCCUAUGACCCUAUCAGAGAUCUGAAAGUGGUUGUCCAUAAACAGUCCCCAUCCAACCUGACUGAGCUUGAGAGGAUUUGCAAAGAAGAACCACAGAAAAUCCCCCACUUCAACUAAGUACUCAGUCAAAUGUCUGAGUUUUUUCUUUGAAAUAAAUUUUCAGAAAUGUCUAAAACUCUGUUUUCUCUUGUUAAUUUACACUCAGUAUCCUGUAGAUUAAUGAGAGAAAAAAAUAUCCUCUGCAUACCUCUUUCCUUCAACUCCCACUAGUCUGAUCAUUCCCUUCUAAUCUCUGACAUCAGUGAGGCUUUUUGGUCUAGGAACUGUCAUUUGCUGGAUAUCAUGCCUUUU